AUGGCUGAAGCCACCCCAAAUAUAUCGAUUGAUCAAGAACAAGACCACGAUCCAAGGAUCCCUUUGCUGCGCAAUGAAACGGAGCCGUCUGCAGUAUCUGAUGCACCGUCGCGCCUAGGGAUUCCUAUUAACAACGCCGCGGCAAGUAAAGUGCUGGCCAAGAUCGACCGUGCCAUCAUUCCCCUGCUGUUCAUAACAUACAUGUUCAAUUUCAUGGAUAAAGUCAUUCUUUCUAGUGCAGCAGUAUUUGGACUGCGAGAAGAUACAGUAUUGCCCUCGUUUCAAGAUUAUCGUAUUGUUACUGACCGUACUCAGCAUCUCAAAGGCCAACAGUAUAGUUGGGUCGGAAGCGUCUUUUAUCUGGGAUACCUCCUCUGGACUUACCCGACCACCAUUCUCGUCGCACGUCUUCCCACUGGAAGAUAUCUUACUGCCAAUACGCUAUUCUGGGGCUCGGUUGUCUCACUCACGGCGGCAUGCCAUAACUUCAGCGGUCUUUUGGUUGUGCGGUUUCUCCUUGGCAUCGCGGAAGCAACGAUAACUCCAGGUUUCAUGUUCCUCACCUCUACAUGGUACACGCGUGAUGAGAUGCCUAUCCGGGUGGGAGUAUGGUUCUCGGGAAACUCUAUUGGCGGCUUGGUGGCCAGCUUACUUGCAUUCGGAGUUGGACAUAUCGACAGCGCGAUAAAACCCUGGAGAUGGAUGUAUAUCAUCCUCGGUACAUCGACUUUUCUUUGGGCUAUACCGCUAUUCCUCCUCCUCCCAGAUAAUAUCUCUAAAGCCACCUUCCUUUCGCUCGAAGAGAGGAAGGUCGCUGCGCAACGUGUGGCCUCUUCUGGUACUGGAACAACUGAAGGCGCGCAUUGGCAAUGGGCCCAAGUUCGCGAGUGUCUAGUUGAUCCCAAGUCUUGGUUCAUCGUUGGAAUCGAGCUUUUUACCCAGAUCCCCAACGGAGGUUCUCAAAACUUUGCAAACAUCGUUGUCGAGUCUCUCGGAUUUACCAAUUUGCAGUCCACACUCAUCAACAUACCAUACUCACUUCUCUCGGCCGCUAUAAUCACAGGAAGUGGCUACUUGGCCGGGCGAUAUCGAACCUUGAACUGCCUCCUAAUCAUGGUGGUUAUCCUGCCCUGUGUCAUCGGCAGCGCCAUCAUUUACAAGCGGACUCACGUGCCUCAUAACCUGCAUCUCUUUGCGUACUUUCUUCUCUCGAGUGGUUCCGCAGCAAUGCCUCUUACCAUGUCUCUGGUCCAAUCAAACUUCCGAGGGGUCACCAAGAAGAUGACAAUCACGGCCAUGUUAUUCAUCACAUACUGCAUGGACACAUCAACAUUGAUCGCGAACCCUUCGAAAAUGUCGUGGAGAAGCCAAGGAAUCACGGGUUCCAACAACAUCCCCCUGGGAAAACGCCGUUUCGGCGAUGAGGAGGAAUUCGAUGGCGCUGAUGUUGCCGACGCCGGCAUUGAUCGCGACUUGAAACGUGGACGCGAUCCCGAGCCUCGCGGCGAGGCGGACGGACCUCGACGACGAAAGAAGCGAAACAGAUGGGGUGAUGCAUCCGAGAACAAGGCCGCUGGUCUCAUGGGCUUGCCCACUGCCAUCUUGUCCAACAUGACAAGCGAGCAGCUCGAGGCCUAUACGCUGCACUUGCGAAUCGAGGAAAUCUCCCAGAAGCUUCGCAUCGACGACGUCGUCCCAGCUGACGGCGAUCGAUCCCCCUCUCCUGCGCCGCAAUACGACAACCAUGGUCGACGUAUCAACACGCGAGAAUAUCGAUACCGCAAGCGCCUCGAAGACGAACGCCACAAGCUCAUCGAGAAGGCUAUGAAGACCAUUCCUAACUACCACCCGCCACAGGAUUACCGUAGACCUACUAAGACUCAGGAGAAGGUCUACGUUCCUGUCAACGAUUAUCCAGAGAUUAACUUCAUUGGAUUACUUAUCGGCCCUCGAGGUAACACUCUGAAGAAGAUGGAGGGAGAUUCGGGUGCCAAGAUUGCCAUUCGUGGCAAGGGCUCCGUCAAGGAGGGCAAGGGCCGGUCUGAUGCCGCUCACGCCAGCAACCAGGAAGAAGACCUGCACUGUCUUAUCAUGGCUGAUACCGAAGAGAAGGUCAACAAGGCCAAGAAGCUUAUUCAUAACGUUAUCGAGACUGCUGCAUCUAUUCCUGAAGGUCAGAACGAACUCAAGCGUAACCAGCUUCGAGAGCUCGCCGCGCUCAACGGUACCCUGCGAGACGACGAGAACCAGGCUUGCCAGAACUGUGGCAAGAUAGGUCAUCGCAAGUACGAUUGCCCUGAGAAACAGAACUUCACUGCCAGCAUCAUCUGCCGUGUCUGUGGAAACGCAGGCCAUAUGGCUCGCGAUUGUCCCGAUCGCCAGCGUGGUGCCAGCUGGCGCAACAACGAUGCGGCUGGUCGUCCUGCUGCUGCUGGUCGUAUCGAUAGCGGAGAUGCUGUUGACCGUGAAUACGAGCAACUUAUGCAAGAGCUUGGUGGAGGUUCCUCCGGACCCCCUGCCCGUAUCGAGGCUGGCCCUGGCGCUCCGAGCAACGGAGAUGCGAAGCCCUGGCAACGAGGCCCAACUGGUGGACCUGCACCUUGGCGCAGCCGUAACCAAGAUUCUAACGAAGGAGGGUCGGCGGCUCCCUGGGCCCGAGAACGCGGUGGUCGCAACCAGGAACAACCGGCCGGUAACGGGGGUGAUAGCUACUAUGGUCAGGCGUAUGGUGCCGGUGCUUCAGGCGCAGGCGCCGCCGCUCCAUGGCAACAACAGGCUCCUGGAACCCAGGCUGGUUAUGCCGGUUAUCCUGCAUAUGGUGCCUACGGUGCUGCUCCUGGAAUGGGCGCUCCUCCUGGUCUUGGUGCUCCCGGCGGUGCACCGCCACCUCCUCCAGGUGCUCCUCCAGGUCUGGGUGACAUUAACGCUUUCAUCCAGCAGUACGCUGGAGCAGCUCCCCCUCCACCACCUUCCGGUGACGCUCCACCGCCUCCUCCACCUCCCGGUGCUUAG